AUUGAAGAGCGCGCCGCGUUGUGCAUUGAAUUGCUUCUUUUGUUACCUUUGUAAUUUCUAAUUUCUCCACAGCCCUCAAAUUCUAGCAUUUUUUAGUUUUGUAUUAAGAGUAUUUGCUAAAUAGUUAAUCUCGUGAACAGAAUCUAAUAUCUACAAACAUGUCUGGAUAUCCAUACGGCGGCAACCCACCCCAAUACCCUCCACCGCAGGGUCAGAUCUACCCUCAAAUUUACAACCCGGCAAACGCGCCGCCGCCCGCACAGAAUCAGUACCAGCCAGGUUACGCAGGAUAUCCAAAUCAGCCUGCCACAGCGCCCCACCCAGCAGCGAUGACUUAUCCCGGAGGACCAGCACCACCUUCCUAUGGAUAUCCGGGAUUCGGACCGCUCGUGGAAUGGAUCCCAAGCACGCCGGCCGAAGCGUAUAGACUGGGUGACCGCGCCGUAGUGGCGGGCUAUGAGGGCUACGACCAGAGCCCGCUGUGGGUGAUCCGCAGCCGGUACGAGGGCGAUCUGAUACCCGGCAAGCUCGCCGUCAAGCACCAGGCGGCCUACGUGCCGUGGGGUGGACGUGAGAACCAGGUCCAUACUAUUGAGGUUUGCUGCGCCCGUCCGGACCGGGUCCGUUGGGUAGAGAACCGCGACGGAGUGGUGCCGCCCAACGCUAUCGUGGGCGGAAACACUGCCGCGGGUGAGCCGCUCUACAUCGGCAGAGCACGGGAGCAAGGCUCGCUUACUCCGGGCAAGGUACAUCCGAGCCACGGCGCUAUGUACGUCUCUUUUGCGGGCAAGGAGAUCGCACACAAGCACUACGAAAUCCUCGUCAGCAUUUAACUCCACACGUGUCUUACGCUCUACACGCCAAAGCCGCCGGCUUUAUACAGCAUCGUCAACCGAUAGAUGUCCACUACUGGACAUAGGUGUCUUGCGCCGCCUGAAUCCAGCGGCUCCCUGCAACUUGUUUGAUGUUGUCUAUCCAUCUAGUAGGGGUUUGGCAAAGCCGCGCUUGCCGCUGCGAGGUCGCCAUUUCGAGAUGUA